CACGACCAUCGGGAUCUUUCUGAUACCAACAUGCCUUGUUUCAACUUCUUACAACAGGCUCGAGAACAGCACGAAGAGUAAUUGACUGAGUCAAUACCCCAGCACAUCGGGUCAGACAUGGACCCAUGCAAGAUUUGCCGGCAUUUUAUCGAGUAUACCGCUCGCUUGAAGUCUCCUUUUAAGUUCCAAAUACCAUGGACCGUAUGGGUGCAGGAAUCCAAAGAACUCUUCGUUUCCAAGAAAGAUUGCCCGUUGUGCGCGGCUCUUUGGGAGUUGCCGAUUGAACACAGUCUGAACCAGGCUAGAGAGCGUUUCGAGCACGUAACGACAGAAAGCUCACAUCCCGUUGCUCUAAAAGUAUUGGAGGUAAACAACACUGGUAGGAUUCUCUGGGCAAGCCUCGAAGUUUCACUGGAAAUCACACGAGACAGUUUUGUGUAUCUUUCAGAGGCAUCACUAGGCAUUUCGCCACAGGAUCCACAUGAUGUAUGCCAGCAUCCUUCCUUUUGGAUGUCAGGUCGGACACAUUCACUCCGAACUUUUGCAGAAGACAGGAUACUAUGCGCAAGGACUUGGUUGAAUACUUGUGAGAGCACGCACGGUAGCUACUGCCAACCACGCAAGGGAGAAUUGCCAAAACGUUUCAUCGAUACGAGACCGGAUCAGCCUUUACGCCUGGUGCCUACCACGAGUGAAGUAUUCCAGCAACUCUCCGGCUCUGUGCGAUAUGCAAUAUUGAGCUAUUGCUGGGGAACAUCGACUCCAUUAAGAACUACAAGAGCUACGGAAGAAGACUUUGGCGUUUCUAUACCUGAGAACCUUCUUCCUAGAACUUUCCGACACGCCAUAAGAUUAGUCCGCUCGUUAGGUAUCAGCUAUCUUUGGAUCGACUCUUUGUGUAUAGUACAAGAUGACCAGGCAGAGUGGGAAUUGGAGGCAUCGCGCAUGGGGGAUUUCUAUGCUGGAAGCCUCAUCACUAUAGCAGCAAGCGACGCGCGUGAUAGCGAAGGAGGCUGUUUUCCAGGAGACGACAAUAGCAUGGAAGCGGUUAAAGACGAUAAAGAAUCGAGCCAAGGAGACAAUAACAACCCUGAGGGUACAGCAAGAGCUAAGGCAGAUCCUACAGUUCGGAUGUUCACCUACAAGGGAGAGGGCGGCUAUUCCGAAACGUCUUGCACUAGAAUGAUCCGUUUUCAAUCUCUUAACCCCCGCGGAAUUCCACGACAAGCACAUCUCAGCACACGAGGAUGGGCGCUUCAAGAGCGAAUCUUGUCCCCAAGGAUUCUUCACUGCCUGAAGUCGGGCGUUCAUUGGCAGUGUCAAUAUUUGUACGAAACUCAAGCUACUCAGACCUACCAGGUACCCCAUCUUACAGCAAGUGAUUCGACAUACCCCAUCACGCAAGUUUCCCAAUGUUGGCCUGAAUGGAUCGAAGAUUACUCCAAGCGAGACUUUACUAUCGCCUCAGACCGGCUGCAAGCUUUCGCCGGGAUUACCAAAUACUACACAAACUUAACUUCAAAGAAACCGAUUCUCGGAAUUUGCCCUGGCAAUCUUGCUCGAGACUUGGCUUGGAUCAGAAAUGGCCAAAAGAAGGGCCCCGGUAUUCCUGGAGCACCGUCUUGGACCUGGUUUUCUUGCAACGCCCCAAUCAUGGUAGAUGAUUGGGGCUUCAAACUUCAACGCCGAUUUAAGAUCUCAAAUGACGUGGACUUGGUCGCCUUUGGCAUCGAGUGGAAGGGAAUCCCGAUGACAUCCCAGAUUGAGUCUUGUCAUCUGAUCAUACGUGGAGUUGUCAAGAGUGUCUCAGUCCGCAUACCGCCAGAGGCCAUGACAUACAAUCCGCCUUACAUGCUACUCAACGAUGAAGAGACCGAUUUCGCCAAAGGUCCAAUACCAUGGACCUGCGCAGGACGAUUUGACGAUCCCAGUCAUCCGAUAGAUUCCAGACUCCCAUACCCUUGCUUGCUUUUGAGAACGAGGAAAUUUGAGGAGGCCAAAGGUGGCGUGAUUUUCAUGGAGACGUUUUUGAUUCUCUCUCGCAAUAACGAGUCACUGAAAGUGAAGUCAACUGAGCAUGGGAGCUUUCGACGCAUCGGAAUAGCAUCAUUCAGAGGUAAGGACAGAAUCUUCGUGGACAAUGCCGACAGAAAAACAGUAUUCCUCAUCUAGAAAGGUUAUGUCAGAAAGGGCCAUGCCGUAUACCUACAUAGAAAGAAACUUUUAAGGGCCAAAAACUUCUAUUCUGGGAGG